AUGCACAACGAUGCAGGGGGCCUGUUCCACAGAUACGUAAGGGCAGAAGUAGAUAGGGCUGUAGUGAAUAGUGCAUCAUUAAGGAAGGCCAUUAAACAUCACCAAAGAGAUUUGCAGGGCUCGGCUCACAACGUUUCAUGUGCAUCUGAGGUCUCUGCAUCCAUUACCAGAUCGCAGCCACAGACAGCCUUGUACGACAAGGUCCUCAUCGAAAGGUACCCGAAUGACCCAGAUGCCUCUGCAGCUGUGCAGCAGGUCACAAAUAAAGGAUUUAGAUAUUUCCAAGAACUUGAGUUGGAAUAUCACAUUGGCGUUGCCUACGAGGAAGGUGUUCUUGAUGCUGGUGCCUGUGCCCAAGUUUAG